ACCGAUUUCUCCAGUUCGCCAUGGAAACACGGUGAUUGAACCAGUAGCACUAGGAGUCAUGUCAAACCGUGAUGUGUUUUACGGAUGCAGACUGGUCGCUGUGCUUCUCAUUUGUCUCGCUCAAAGCAGUCUGGCCCUUCUCCUCUGACCUCUGACAUCACUUGCUGACUGGAUAUUUAUGCUGAUAAACAGUUGAACAGGUGCACCUAAUGAAGUGGCCAUUGAGUGUAGACGUCUUUGCUGGAGACAAACACACAGGGCCUGAUAAUGCAGCAGAGCACAGGAAACACUCUGUCGAGCUGGAGGAUGUAGUGAUAGGGAUCCAGAGCCAGAGGAACUCCUACCACGCCCGUCGCAGUGGUCAAAGGAAAGUGGAGAUUCUGCAGCAGGCAGCCCGACUUGGGCAGGGAGUUCCAGUGGUUGUUCUUCUCCAUGAGUUGUCACAGUAUGAAGGGGACUGGAGUAUCCUCCCCGCACUUCCUCGGCUCUUUGCCAAAUAUGGACAUUCAGCUUCCUGGUUGUUCUUCAUAGAGGAGGAAACCGAAGUCACACUGUCUGCUCUGCUGGAGGUCCUCAACAGAUAUCCAGCUCAAGAGGAGUGGUUUUUGGGUAAGCGUCUCCGUGACAACGAGGCCUCCAUCAUUCACCACUAUGCCUUCUCUGAGGACCCCAGUUCCUUCGGUUACCCUGACACCGCAGCAGGCUGGGCUCUCAGUGCGCCGCUGCUCAAGAGACUCACAGAGCGGAUACAGUCUGAGAAUCUUAAGUCAGAUUUUACAAUCGACCUGAAGCACGAGAUUGCUUUGUUUAUUUGGGAGGAAGGACAUGGCCCAAAGCUGACAGCAGUUCCAGAGUUUUGCACAGAGCCGAGAGACGGCUGUGCUACCACGUUUACAACCUACCUGCCCGACUGCGGGGAUCCAGUGUCGAAGAAUGAUGUAUUUGUUGCUGUGAAAACUUGCCAAAAGUUCCACUCAGAUCGAGUACCAGUGGUGAAGGCAACCUGGGAGAAAGAUGCUGGGUUUUUAGAGUAUUAUAGCGAUGUUACUGAUGCUUCCAUACCAACCAUCAGUUUGGGAGUGCCCAAUACUGAGAGGGGACACUGUGGGAAGACGUUUGCCAUCUUGAGGCGGUUUUUAAGCAAAGCUGUGCCGAAAGCCGACUGGCUGCUCAUCGUUGAUGAUGAUACUCUCAUCAGUUUACCCCGGUUGAGACAGUUGCUGCGUUGCUAUAACCCAAAGGAAGCAGUGAGCCUGGGGGAAAGAUAUGGCUAUGGCUUGAUCCAGAAGGGAUACAGCUACACCACCGGAGGAGGAGGGAUGGUGCUCAGCAGGACGGCGGUGUCCAGGCUGCUUUCCAGUAGUUGUGGUUGCUACAGCGAUGAUGCUCCUGAUGACAUGGUGCUGGGCAGGUGCUUCACUACCCUCGGUGUUCCCAUUACACACAGUCCACUAUUCCACCAGGCCCGACCAGAUGACUACUCCGAGGAAAUGAUCUCCACGCAGCACGCCAUCUCCUUCCACAAGCACUGGAAUGUAGAUCCCGUGGCUGUCUACAGAUACUGGCUGCAGGACACACGACCACGAGAUGAACUGUAGAAAUUGUGUUUAUGCAUCUCAACUCUGCCAAAAAGAGCUCGAAAUGUACGAAAGUGGUGAUGAUACAGCUUCAACUCCUGGAUCAAACCAUGAAAUUCUCCCUGCUGCUGCCUUCUUGUAAGACGUGGAUUGAACCAAAUUCUGAGUCUCUUCCUUUUCUUCUUUAGAAAAGGGCCGGCUCAUCAUUGCUUGAUGUUGACUUCUGUUUUUCACUGUACGUUUUUUUUAUAGGAGGAAUUUGCCCAAAAUGUGAUAUUUUGCAGAAUUAGGACUCAGAGUAAGACAAAGUAAACAAACAAAAUAUUAAUAGGUCACAAGCAGUGUUGGUCAAGUUACUUGAAAAUAGUAAUUAGUUAUAAAAAAAAAACUUCUCC